AUGGUCUAUGAGAAUCUAUUGUUCAAGACACAUGGAUCAGUGUGGUGGAGCUACAUUGAUGAUGUGUUUGGCAUAUGGUGGGGCAGCAUUGAAACCCUGGAAAAGUUUACACAUGAGCUUAAUUCUAUGGAAAUGGAAACACCCACUAGGACUCCUAUAAGACAAAUUUUAUUUGAUGAUAUUGAGGACUUAGCGUUUACUGAGGAGGAUGCAGCACGCAUCCGAUGUGAGGCUGACCUGCAGGAACUGCAGGAGACAAGAGCAUCUCAGUUUGUGGAGUUGGUGGUGAAAGACAACUGGUCCAUUAUCCAGUCAGACAACACUUUACCUUUUGAGACUUACUGGUCCUUGCGGAUCCUAUGCACUGUUACAGAAAAUAGACAUGGUUACCCAAGGGUUCAUAAUGUGGAAGAGCAGGGAUCUAUUGAUAUUGAGUUAGCUCAGGAAUCCCCCAGACCUCAAGCAUUGCAGACCCAGCAGGCUAAUUUACCUCUUGAUAGUGUACAGGCCUCAUUUUUAAGUGCUGUACCCCCUGCUGCUAUGUCAGCAGUUUCUGACCUAUUGAAAAACAUAAUAUCCGCUAUGGCUGCAGCCUCCCCAGGGCCCAGUGUCACACCAGCUGUUUUCCCUCCUGAUCCUUCUAGUCAGGAUCCGGAUCCUGCUUUAACUACCCCCAGCAGGCAUCGCCCUUUCACACCCCUCAUUGAGGCACCACACGUGGCAACACGCGGUCCCCAGCCCGGCCGGAACAUGGCCCCUCAGCCCUCAACACCCGGACUUGCCCCUGGUCGCACCAUACCCGAGGCCCAUGCCAUCUCAGGGCCUAUGCUGCUCCCCCCGGGGCCUAGUGAUCUCCUUCGCCAGCCGCGUGGUCCGGGUCCGACUUCCGGUGUCAACGCCAUGUUAGUGACGUCACCGGAAGCGGACAUCGGCACUUCCGGCUUGGCAGAUUCCCGCGCGGUCACAAGGACAUCGGCUCCCGGGGCAACGCCACUUGCAGGUGAGCACCGAGAGCCGUCCUUGGCCGUUGGCGGGUUAUCAGUGGGGGGUCGGAGGGGCAUUAGCAGCGCAAGCAAACUGCGCAAGCGAACGGCACAUUUGAAUGUUAAUCCUCAGGGGCAUCAAAGGGGUCGCUCCAUCAUAAGAGGUAGUACCAGGCAGAUAGCCAGUGAUAGGGGUAGGGGGACACGCAGAGUUAACCCUUCCAGGGCAAUGAGGCCAUUACAGUUUAUACAAAUGGGAGAUAACGCAAAUGCCGUUCAGCAGGCCGCUCCCGAUAUUAUUAACCCACACAGGGCUGAUAGUGGUUUAGUGCAAGCGGCCGCUCAGCCGCAUGAUAUUGUGUCUAAUAAUAGCCUGCAUGUGAAUCAAGGCAAUGUUCAAAGUAUGCAUGUUAAUCAAAACAUUGAGCAUCAUUUACCAUCUCAUCAUUUACCAUCCCCCAUUGGUGUGAAUGCGGCUUUGAAUGGUGUGAACGUACAAGCAGCUCCUCAGGGAUAUAAUACACCCCUGGUUGGCAUACAUAAUGCGAAUGUGCAAUCUUUAAGCCAGCUACAACAUCCCAUUACUUUAGGCAUACAAGGAGUACAACCCCUUGAUCAGGGUAUCCACUCCCCCAUGGCAGCCACGCAGGGCGCUCAUGCACACUCAUUAAACCAUGCACAAUCAAUAAGCCAGGCAUGCCAUAACCCUAUUGUAGACCAGCAGGGUGUGAAUGCUCAGACAUCUGCGAAUGGACAGUCAGUGAGUCAGGGAUUUCAUACACCACUUCAUAUAGCUCAUCCACCCCUUGCUACUGAUAAUCCAGACACAUCCAUUGGGCAAAGUGCUCGCCAAAUUCUUUCUCUUUUGCAGGGGGCAAUUGGAUCACAAAGUGCAGCAAAAACACGGACCAACACUGCCACAGUCAUGAGUGGGGCGGAUGCAGGAGUACCAGGCAGCAUUACAGCAGGAGCAGCAGCCACCACUUCCACUGCACAGCAAGGGUCUUCAGGACUCGCCCUCCAAAACCAGCCAGCAGGCCAGCCCGUUUCCAGCAUGGGUCAGGGACCUCCUGCCAUUAGUCACGCUCGUCCUUCCUGGAUAGCCUUACUGCCGUUGGUCCGCUCCUCCUUAGCACCAUCCACUUGGCACGCCUAUGCCCGCAUGUGGUCUGAAUGGGACAAUUUCUGUGCGUCCAGGGGAGCCGACGCUGCUCAGGGGUCUAGGGACAACUUACAUGAUUGGCUGGCACUACCCCCGGGGUGAAGCGAAUCUGGAUUGUGGGCCACUCCUUUGUCCACUGGGCCUCCCUACGCUGUGCGUCCCUCCCAUUUGGCCAAUCCCUAGGUCUCCCUUCCAACAAGGCAUCCGUUAGG